CGGUAAAUAUCUGAAGGAAAUAAAUCACGAUCUCCAAUGCAAAACACACAUUCACCGGAGAGGUUGGGACGUGCAUCGAGGAUCCGUUCGAAACGAUUUAAACGCUGGGCGCCGGCUUGAUUUGCAUAAUUCGACCACCGCCUAAAUAAACGCGGUGUUGUUUCGCGCGACGUACACCGUUUACAAUCUAUUUCGCAUCCGUCAGCCAUCCCCCAAAACGAGCUAAUUCUCACGCGCAGCUGCAGACAGAUCCGCGCCGGCGGCGUGGCGAUGAAGUCACGUAUUAUACAACACGAUCUGCAGUUAAUCCAUUAAUGUCCUGCAGAAAGAAAAAAAAACGGUGCCCCCGUAAUGGCAAACAAAGAUUCGAGGAAGGUAUCCGACGUCGAAGCGCACAAACACACAAAGACACAAAUUUUAGAUUGUGCGCCUACAAUAAUAGGAAAUAUAAGGUGCAGCGUACAAGAGACGAAAUUUCCAUUCUACGAAGAGUCGCGUGGGCGAACUUUAUUCCAUUACACAGUGGCAUUCACUGGCCGCUUUCAAAUUUACAAUAACCGCAAUAAAAGAAUCUCUCAGAUGCAGAUUUCCACGCGAGAUCGUUCCGGAACAAGAAUUACCCAUCAAUCUCCUUGUACAUUGAAUUUGUUAUUUAUUGACAUGUUUCUGCCGGGCGGGCACUACUAACUUUUCAAAUCUUUCUUACAUCUCCGCGCAUGAUUCUGAUCUGACAAUUGGAGAACGCGCCCUCGUUUUGCUCGUAUUCUCCCGUGCGCGCCGUAAAAUGCGGCGGCGUACGGGAAAUGUGUCGGAAGCGAAGAAAAUAUUCGCGUGCAUCGGACAGCCUUUCUCGCGACGAAAUCCCCCGCCGAUAAAGUUUACAAUCGGAAGCGAUCGCGCGACUCGGCGCGCCUUUUAUCGAGGCCGUCAAGAAACGGGGAAGCAUGCCGGUACGCGCGUUCUUAAAAUCCGCGAGUUCUCAUUUGCAGCCCAUCCUUCGGGACUUCCGGCUGCGGCCUACGUCG